CCUCCUCCUUUUCGGCCGGAAUCGCCAUCUUCCAGUAAUUUGCCAAAAUGACCAACACAAAGGGAUAGAGGAGUGGCACCCGCUAUAUGUUCUCUAGGCCUUUUAGAAAACAUGGAGUUGUUCCUUUGGCCACAUACAUGCGAAUCUACAAGAAAGGAGACAUUGUAGACAUCAAAGGAAUGGGCACUGUUCAGAAAGGCAUGCCCCACAAAUGCUACCACGGCAAAACUGGAAGAGUCUACAACGUUACGCAGCAUGCAGUCGGCAUUGUUGUAAACAAACAAGUUAAGGGCAAGAUUCUUGCCAAGAGAAUUAAUGUACGUAUUGAGCAUAUUAAGCACUCAAAGAGCCGAGACAGCUUCCUGAAACGUGUGAAGGAAAAUGAUCAAAAAAAGAAGGAAGCCAAAGAGAAAGGUACCUGGGUUCAGCUGAAGCGCCAGCCUGCUCCACCCAGAGAAGCUCACUUUGUGAGAACAAAUGGAAAGGAACCUGAGCUGCUGGAGCCCAUUCCCUAUGAAUUCAUGGCAUGAUAGAUUUUCAAAAAAAUAAAAGACCUCUAAUUGAG